AUGUUUGACCUCGACGAGUCGGUGCGGGCCCUCUACUUUGCGCCCGUGCCCAUCGUCGUGCUGGACCAGAAUCGCCGGAUCCGGAUGAUGAAUCGCCCCUGCGAGAGCAUCUUCCUCGUCACCGGCGUCAGCUGCAUGGGUCAGACGAUGGAGAAGCUGAUCAGCGACAAGGCCCAGGACGAGUUCCGCUGGGCGCUCAACGAGGCGGCGUCGAACAAGACGCGCAUGUCCUGGGCGCCGCCCGUCCUGACCCGGCUCAGCUUCCGGCAGGACAAUCAGCGCCAGUUUGACGCCGAGGUCUCGGUCUCGGCGUGGCACCCUACCGACGAGGUCUUUUCCGAGCAGUUCAACCCGCAGACGUCCAAGAUCUUCGAUCCGCUGCCCGAGAACAACUUCUCCCCAGGCACCCAGCCCCCGCCGCAGCCGCCACUCUCUGCCGGCGGCCUCGACACCCGCGGCGCGCCGCUGCUGCACGAAGCGUUUUACACGAUCAGCAUCACGCCGACGCGGAUGACCGAGCGCCGCAUGAGCCCGUCGGACCUGCACACCAACAAGGUCGACGCGCUCAAGGAGGCCAUCUUCCACGCCAGCGACACCCCCAUGAUGGCCCUCUCGUCGGACGGCACCACCGUCGUCCGCAACACGGCGUGCGACGAGGUGCUCAAGAUCUUUGAGCGCAAGAACCCGCAGGACAUGCCCAAGCGGCCGCCCGUCAAGGUCGACCGCGAGGACGGCCCGCAGGUCGACCUCUCCUGGCUGACCGACGUCAUGGAGUGCUACGAGGAAGACUUCACCGCCCCGUUCAACCCGGAGCGCUUCCCCAUCUACCGCGCCGCCAUCCUCGGCCAGAAGGUCAAGCCGGUGCUGAUCGGCUGCGUCGCCACCGACACGGGCGCCCGUGUCCUGCUCGAGAUCGGCGCCCAGCCGCUGCGCGACGCCGGCGGCUUCGGCCAGCACAUUGGCGGCGUCAUCACCAUGACCGACGUCACGGCCAAGGAGAAGAACAAGAAGCUCGAGGUCAAGGAGCAGGGCGAGGCCUACUUCCGGACCAUCUGCGACUCGAUGCCCCAGCUGCUGUGGACCACGACGCCCGACGGCCACCACGACUGGUACAACGAGGGCUGGUACCGCUACACGGGCACCAACAUCAACCAGACCGAGGGCGUCGGGUGGCAGAAUGUCUUCCACCCCGACGACAUGAUCGAGACCGCCGCGCGCUGGUCGCACUCGCUCCGCACCGGCGAGCCGUACCAGACCAUGUACCGCUGCCGGCGGUUCGACGGCGUGUACAAGUGGAUGCUGGGCCGGGCGCUGCCGCUGCGGGAUCCGGCCACGGGCGAGAUCCUCAAGUGGUACGGCAGCUGCACCGACUGCGACAACGAGGUCAAGGCGCUCGAGAUGAGCCGCAAGGCCCAGGCGCAGCUGACGAGCGUCAUCAACCACGCCCACGUCACCAUCUGGGCCAUCGAUCGCGACGCCAUCAUCACCGUCGCCGAGGGUCCCGGCGUCCGCUCGCUCAAGCUGGCGCCGGGGACGCCCAACGGCUCCGAUCCGGACGGCGCCGGCUCCAUGUCUGGGUCGCUCUCCAACUCGAACUCGACCCAGCCGAGCCACGGCCGCAGCGAGCCGGACGUCCGCGAUGGCGAGAGCCAGACCAACAGCCAGAGCCACAUCAGCGGCAGCGGGCGGCGCGCCCAGCAGAAGAGCAUGAUCGGCCGCAACAUCUUUGACGUCUGGGACUCCCCGGGCAUCCGCGAGGCGCUGGCGCGCGCCAUGGCCGGCGAGUCGAUCGUCCAGGAGAUGGAGGUCGACGGCCGCUGGUUCCGCACCCAGUACACGCCGCAGCGCGAGGAGUGUUACGACGCCGACGGCGGCGAGGGCGAGAUCAUCGGCGUCGUCGGCGCCUCGCUCGACAUCACCGACCGAAGGCGCGCCGAGAGCAAGCUCGAGGACUCGCUCAACGAGCGCUCGCGCGCCCUCGCCGCAGAGACCGCCGCCAAGGAGGCGAGCCGGAUCAAGUCCGAGUUCCUGGCCAACAUGAGCCACGAGAUCCGGACGCCCAUUGCCGGUGUGAUCGGCCUGUCUGAGCUGCUGUGCGAUACUCAGCUCACAAAGGAGCAGAGGGACUUUGCCGAAAACAUCCAGCGCUCCGCCGAUGCGCUCCUCACCGUCAUCAACGACAUCCUCGACUUCGAGAAGCUCGAGCUCGGCAAGAUGGACUUGGAGAAGGCCGCCUUCAACCUCAACGUCGUCAUCAUGGACACGCAAAAGAUGCUCUCGUUCGCCACGCAGAAAAAGGGCCUCGAGUUCAAGAACGAGUGCGACCUCAAGUACACGGGCCAGCUGAUCGGCGAUGCCGGGCGCCUGCGCCAGGUCAUGACCAACCUGCUCACCAACGCCAUCAAGUUCACUGCCGCCGGUUCCAUCACGCUGCGCGUCAUCGAGACCUUCGAGAACUCGAGCAGCCUCCACGUCCACUUUGAGGUGCGCGACACUGGCUGCGGCAUCUCCCAGACGACGCUCAAGAAGCUCUUCCAGCCCUUCAGCCAGGCCGACCCCUCCUUUGCGCGGCGCUUUGGCGGCACGGGCCUCGGGCUGUCGAUCUGCAAGAACCUCGUCGACCUGAUGGGCGGCACCAUCGGCCUCGAGUCGAUCGAGGGCAAGGGCUCCAAUGCCUGGUUCACGGUGCCGUUUGCCAAGGCGCGACAGAUCGACUCGGGCUCUGAAUCGUCGCCGGACGAGGUGGCCAUCUCCGAGGUCACCAUGGACGAGCCGACCAGCAGCCUCGGCGUCAGCGAGAACCCGCUGCAGCGGCCGCGCAAGGACAUCUGGAUCCUGGUGGCCGAGGACAACCUGAUCAACGCCCAGAUCGCGCUCAAGACGCUCAAGAAGAUGGGCUUCAGCUGUCGCGUCGCAAAGGACGGCCUCGAGGCGCUCGACGAGGUGACCAAGCACCCGUACGACUGCAUCCUGAUGGACUGCCACAUGCCCAACUGCGACGGCUACGAGGCCACCCGGCGGCUGCGCAAGUUUGAGAGCGUCGACAUCCGCACGCUGCCCAUCAUCGCCAUGACGGCCUCGGCCAUCCGCGGCGACCGCGAAAAGUGCCUGGCCGCCGGCAUGUCCGACUACCUCUCCAAGCCCGUCAAGAGCGCCGCCCUCGAGGGCACGCUCGUCAAGUGGCUCUUUGACCCCUCGACGCGGCAGAGCCUGUCCAAGUACAUCGCGGCCCCCACCCAGGUCGACUACUUCAACGCCAAGGGCGAGCACAGCCCGCGUCUCGGCGUUCGCAUCCCGUCGUCGAGCGAGCAGGGCGGGCCGCCCAAGCUGGUCGAGCGCGACUCCAACGAGACGGUCGUGGCCAUGGCCGAGGCUGCAUCAAAGACGCCCGAGACACGGGCCGGCGGGGCCGAUCCGCAGGUGCAGCCGGCCCUGUCCAAGGUCGUCGUCAUCGACGGUCCGAUGCAGCUGUCGUCGUCCACGCUGGCCACGCGACCCGCGGCGACUGCUGCGGCCAAGGCCAUCCGUAACGGGUCUCAAAAGGGCGGGCCGAUCAAGAUCCGCGCCGAGGAUCCGGUGCCGUCUCGCUUGAAGGUGCGACCGCAGAAGCUCUCGGCGCUCGAAGAGGCCAUGGCCGACAAGCCGCCCAUGUUCAUCCGACGGUCGAGCCGCGAGCAGGGCGGUCUCGGGCGAGACCUCGAGGGCGAGGUGGUGCGCGCCACGUCCGACGGCCCCGAGGGCCCCAGCCUGGGCGUAUCGAUGGAGGAGAUGCGCGAGGAUGACGCCUCGGCUACCGGGGGCCGGCCCGAGUCGUCGUCGGCAUCAACGGCCUCUUCGUCGACCGCCCGAACGGCCAACGCCGACUACUCGCAGGUGCCCCUCGGCCAGGACGCCAACGGCGCCAGGAUCCCGGCUGGCCCGCCGAUGCCCGCGCGGCCCGUGUGGAAGGGCCUGGAGCGCGACGAUGGCCCUGCCUGA